UUCGUUCUAUAAUGAAUGUUUUUAAGAAUCGAUGAAAAUGCAAAAAUGAGAGAGAUUGAAAAAAAUGAAGAAUUAAAGGCAGAAAUACAAGAUCAAUUAAAUGUCAAUAGAGAUUUGCAACUUAUAAAAGAAUCCCAGGCUAAAGAAGAGUUGAAAAGGAAGAAAGAAUUGCAAAAGGAUUUUUUAAAAUCGAUCGAUGAGAAAAAACAUGCCCAACUCGAAUCUAAACGUAACGAGAAAUUCGAAGAUCUUGCUAUCGAUAUAUACAACAGAUCUAAAUCUCGAAUAAAAAAGAUGUUGAAAGAAAGAGCUCAAAAAGAAAAGCAAUCUAGGGAACAGAGAGCUAAUGUUAUCGGAGAACAAUUUGCUUCUCUCGUCGAUUCCUCUCGUAAAAUCGAGAAAGAAAAUGAAAAUUUCGUUAAAGCGGUUAAUGAGAUAGAAAAAAAUGCAAUUGAAAGAUAUAAAGCGCGAAAGGAUUACGAAAUUGCGAUGAGAACUGCUAGAAUCGAAGACAAACGUAAAGACGAAGCUGCUAAAAUAAAAUUAAAGAGAGAUGAAAAAGAUAUACAAACUUGGGAAACAUUGCAAAGAUUCAAAAGGGAGGAAUAUAAUAAGCGAGUAGAAUUAAAUGAUCGAAUAGAAGAACGAAAUAGAAAAAUUAAUUAUGCUCGUGAUUUGCAAAAACAUAUGCAAUUACAAAAAGAGGAACGUAAAUACCAAAAUCGUCUUGAUGACGAUUUUAAUGAAAUGAAAGCUGCUAUUAAACAAGACAACGAAAGAGUUUUAUCUUAUAAUCAACAAGUCUUAGAAGAAUCUAAAGGAGUGAGACCACUUUAUCCUAUUUUAAAAGCUAUCGAGGAAUGUAAGGAAGAAAUGGGUUUGAUAAAACCACCAAAAUUAAUUAAACCUAUUUCACCGAAACAAUUAAAACGAAUACGCGGAGUACGUCGUGGACCUUGUACGAAAAUCGUAGAAGAAAAUAAAAUUCAUUAUAAUUCCCCACCUACGUCUUGGUCUAACCAAUGA